AGAAAUCGACUCAAAUUUCGUUAACCUUCCGUGUGCUUUCACACGUGGAAAACCAACCGGUGAACCAGUGGUCAGUAAGAAGACCUUAACUCCAAUUUGAGUCAUUGGAAAUUCUUAUCCUUGGAUUCUAAAUAAUUAAACUCUCUACCGUUUUGCUGAAUUGUUACAGUUCAGCGUCUGUCAGAAUUUCGUUGAUUUUUUGGUGGUGGUUGGGGGGCUUAAGAAAAAGUUGCUCACCGAAAAGAAGCGACGCAGGAAACAAAGACUGGCCGUGCCCGAUUCCCGAACGAUGUGUCCGAUUCCAGCAAUGGUCUCUAGUUCGGAGAGUUGGAACGCACCAUCGCGCCCGGCCGCGUCUGCGUACAAAUCGCCGACUCCGUGGGGGAAGGGGGAGGGGGAGAGAUCUACUGCGAACGCCAGGAACGAAGUUCGUCAGUGCCGCCAGGCGUUCGCGAAGAGCAACACAUACUCGUUGAUAAACUCGGUCGAAAAGCUAUUUUGUGAGUCCGACAUCUACCGGGCGACGUGAAAUGUCACUUCGUGUUACGAGUAAUGGUCGCCAGGUGUCGCUCGGUGAAAAUGUGUGUUUUGCAAUCUCGUGAUUGCUUUGCCCUUGACCGCCGAUUUGCACGGAAAACCUGUUCUGCGACUCUCUCGAAGAAAUUCUGCGGUCGGGGAUUUGCACGCUUUCUGAGCACUUUGAAGGUUGCGCUCAGUGACGAAGAUGGAGCGUGUCCCUGCACAAUCGAAGGUCAGUCAGUUUUCACGAGGAUCGCGCACUUUUGCGAAGAAUUUAUCCACGAUUUGAGUAUCAGCGUUAAUCACAUCGGCGGUGUUAAUCAGUGAGAACGGGUGAUUAAUCCACUUUCCCCGCGCAUCUGUUUCGUUGGUCAGAACUUCAUUCGGCACCUUCGCGACAAGUCGAUCCAACGUGGCGGCGCCCUUGUCGGGCUCAGUUCUUCGCGAGCCGAAUCGCGGAGGGAGUUGAGCUCGCUGUGUAUUUUCCCCUAUGGCUUCGUUGAGAUCCGCUGGUUCAAAUUGGUAUUUAACGAAAGAACAGCUGGAGAAUACACCUAGCCGUCUAAGUGGCAUUGAACGUGAAAAGGAACUCAGUUACAGGCAGCAGGCUGCGAAUUUUAUACAAGAUGUGGGUCAACGUUUGCGAUGCAAUCAACUCUGCAUCAACACCGCGAUUGUUUAUAUGCAUCGGUUUUAUAUGCAUCAUUCUUUCACCCGGUUUCAUCGGAAUAAGAUCGCGUUGACAGCGAUAUAUCUUGCUGCGAAAGUAGAAGAACAGCCGCGAAAGUUGGAGCACGUAAUUCAGGUUUCGUAUAUGUGUUGGUUUAAUGAACGUGGUGCUGGUGCACCGAAAAUAGAGCCAGGUACAGAGCUCUAUAAUGACAUAUCUCAAGAGUUGGUCCUCUUGGAAAACAUCAUGCUUCAAACUCUUGGGUUCGAAGUCGCCAUAGAUCAUCCCCACAAGUUUGUCGUGAAAGGUUGCCAACUUAUCCGAGCGAGCAAGUCAAUGGCGAAAACGUCUUAUUUCCUUGCAACGAACAGCUUGCACAUGUCCACGUUUUGUCUGCAAUACAAACCUGCUCUGGUUGCUUGUAUGUGCAUCCAGUUAGCCUGUAAAUGGGACAAUUGGACGAUUCCAAUAUCUGCGGAGGGAAAGCCGUGGUAUAAGUACAUCGAGGAGUCUGUGACCGAAGCAGAAGUCGAGGCGAUGGUCAAGGAGUUCCUCAAUAUCAUGGAUAAGGUCCCUUCGAAGUUGAAGAAGAAGGUCAUGGCCUUGAUGAACCCGCGAUCGGAAAGCGAUCGUAACGAAACUUUCGCGAUGUCGGACGAUUUGGAUGACCCGCAGCAGAUGAUGCCAGUACGUCAUGCACCCCAGAAUGUCUCAGGGUCUUCACAUCGACCGAUGCCACCGAGUAACUCAACCUCCUCUCAACGCAACCCGGACGCGAGAAUGAAGCCUGAGGCCCAUCGACCAACAUCUCACGUCCCAGGCGUAGAGAGUGAGUGUCGUUCCGUUUCAUCCCUGAGUGUGCGUAACCGUGCAUUGAGAUUGGAGAGUGCAGAAAUCGUGUUGUGUCCUACCCAGUAUCUGACACCCGACCGAUUUCGUGUAAGAUCAACGUUUGACACUCGCGGUGUCCUCAGCAUCUGGAACAGAUUUCGCCCCGGAGCUGUGUCCUCGGCGGAUUUCUUGUCUGUCGUGUCGAAUACAUUGAACGGUGCUAUCCAAUUUUCCGUGUUCUUUUCCCAGCUUCUUAAUCUCGCGUUACUGCGCGUUUCGUUCGACUCACGUUUCUUCGGGAACCUCAAUUCGUUAGCGAGUUUGCUUACGUACAAGCGUCCUUCGCAGCCGCCGGGACACCCGUUGGCGUCUUCCCACAUGCAUCCGAAGCCAGUCGACACUUCAAACGCUGCUCGGAUACCCAAGCCCGGCACCCAACCGCCCACAGCACCCAGCAGCAGUCACCCUCCGAACAUGAUGCUGAAACCGCCUCCCAAUUCUGCCGCUGCUGCUGCAGUGCCCGUGAACCAGCCACAUCAACGACCUCCGACCUCUUCCUCCUCCUCCUCUUCGUCGUCGUCGUCUUCUGCUGCUGCCAUGCAUCAGAAGCAUCCGCACGGUGCUUCGUCGCAGUUCAAUCGCCGCUCUCACGCUCCACCGCCUCAACAACCGCCACCUGGAGGACCCCCUGUAGCUGCUGCUGUUUCUGCUGCUGCCACGACUGUGGCGACGACAAUGCCGCCUCGGAACGGUGCGCACGCGGUUCCCGCGACGCAACCGCCUCCUUCGCGUCUGCAACAGGAUCUGAAGCGGCGUCCCGCAUCUCCGCCAUCAAUAUCCGACGUGGACGCUGCGAAGCGCAUGAAAGUUGAAGCUGUUCCGCCGCAACAACAGGUGAUCCCUCAGCCCGUGGUGUCACAACCACCUUCGCAGCCGCCUCCGCUGCCGCCCUUCGGUCUGAAGUCCCCGUCACCAGUGAAACCCCGUCCGAUUCAACCCAUCGUGUCGCCGAUUGGAUUUGGCUUUGGGUCGGACGACGAGACCAAACCCGAGCCGAAGCCGGAAGCUGCCCCUACUCCGAACGGAAACCCGGAACAUCACCAGAAGAAACAUAAGAAGGAGAAGAAGAAGCACAAGGAGAAGCAUAAGAAGAAGGACAAGAAGAAGAAGAAAAAGAAGGAGCGGGAUCGCGAGAAGGAGGAAAGGAAGCGUGAGAAAUUAUUGGCUGCUGGAUUAGCGAGUCGAUCUUCGGAGGAUUCAUCCAGUGGCGGCGAAGAGGAUGAAGAACCUGGCCCGUCGUUAGUUAAUUUUCCGCCGAAACCCAUCAAGCUCAAGAUCCCGAAAGAAAGGCUUUCAGAAUCAAACACUCCGAGCUCCUCCCCGUUGCGUAUGAAGAUUCCUGUACCCAAGACGACUCCGGGGAAAUGACGAAGGUUCUGAUUUAGGCAUCACGAGAGAAUUGUUUCUGUCUUGAAUUAUUUCGUUUGUGGCUGAAGAGUGUUUCCUGUGGAAGAUCCGGUUGUUACCUAUUUUCUUUCAGAUCUUCGCCUCUCUUACAAUCGUUUUUUCAUCUUGAAAGAGAGUGACGAUUAGGGGGUUUUUUACGCUGUCUGCGGAAUUGUGGAUGAUCUUGUUAUUAAAAAAAUGAACGUUUCCGGCUGCCUUAAUUAGUCGAAUGAAGCAGGAGAGACGAACGUUGUUCUGGAGCUGUGAUCAAGUUGAUUAUUGCUUGUCUGCGUGCAUAUAUGAGUUGGCUCAAUGUUCCACGCAACUCUAUUGUUGUUGCGCUAAAAGUCUCAGGAUUUUUUUCCUUUUUUCGAUCGUAAGGGUUUUUAGGAUGCCUGAUUUUUUUUUUUGAGGGGGUGUUGGCGUGUGUUGCGAUGAAUUGUACGAGACGACCGCUGGACUUAAAUGCAGGUUUGUCUGUUGUUGAAAACGA